AUGGCACGUCAGGGUGCCUGGACUAGAUGGGAACAAGCUGUGGAGAGGAAGAUCACCUGGGCUGACCUUUGGCGGGCAGAGCCACACCGCAUCAAGUUCCUGGUGCAGGCAGUCUAUGACGUUCCUCCCCAGUCCAUCCAACCUGUACACCUGGGGUCUGGUCGAUACACCGCUUUUGUAGACUUUUUUUCUGUGGAAUCAGAAGUCUGCAGAAUAUUGUUUCUCCUUCUGUGGAGGAAGAGGGCUGAAGAGCUGGAGCUGCUACUUUUGUGGAAACAGGAGAUAACAGAAUGUGACCUGCACAGACUGUGGCAUGAAAACAUCAGCCAUGGAAUUGUACUACUUACGUUCCCACCACACUGCAGCCAUAAACUCCAACCACUUGAUCGUAGUGUGUUUGGUCCGUUUAAAAGGAUGGAGAAUUCGGCGAGCGAUGACUGGAUGAGUGGAAAUCCAGGUAAAACUAUGAGUAUUUACGACAUUCCAGGAAUUGUGAGGAUCGCCCUGCCUACAGCCGCAACACAGAAAAACAUACAGGCCGGCUUCCAGUGUACAGGCAUGGGGCCAUACAAUUGUAAAGUUUUUCAGGACUGUGACUUUGCGCCUUCUCAAGUCACAGAUCGUCCUGAUCCAUCUGGGGCUCUUCAACAGAACUCCUCUCCAGCUCACCUGCCGCCCGGCUCCUCUCCUAAUUACCUGCCGCCCGGCUCCUCUCCAGCUCACCUAGGAAAGCUGCUGGGUGAAGGAGGUGAAGGUGCAGUAUAUGCAGGGGUUCGUCUUUCGGAUGGCACCGAGCCUGGAGAGACCACUCCCAUUCCCACUGAGGUCGGACUGAUGAAGAUGGUCUCCCAGCCAGUCCGUUGCCCGAAAAUCCUGGAGCUGCUGGAAUGGUUUGUGGUCCAGAACAACCUGGUGCUUAUAUUAGAAAAACCAAACCCCUGCAUGGACCUCCUGGACUUUUGUGAACUCCACGGAGGUAAGCUGCCUGAACUCCUGGCGAGGGACAUCAUGGUCCAGGUGGUUCAGGCAGCUUGUCAUUGCUGUGCCAGAGGAGUGUUCCACAAUGACAUCAAACCAGAGAACAUCCUCAUCAACACAGAGACGCUUCAGGUGAAGCUCAUUGAUUUUGGAGCUGGGGACCUGCUGAAGGAAACGCCCUAUACCUACUGCCCAGGCACCAAACUGUACUUCCCACCAGAGUGGUGCCGAGAAAAACAGUACAUGGGCCGUCCUACCACCAUCUGGACACUGGGCAUCCUCCUUUAUCGGAUGCUCUGUGGGAAAUGGCCCUUUGAGACAACGGAGGAAAUUAUUGCUGGACAGCUGCACUUUCCUCCUGACUUGUCUAAAGACUGCCAGAAGUUUAUAUUACGGUGUCUGGCACAAAAGCCUAAGUCUCGACCAUCGUUCAAGCAACUGCUGAAGAACCGCUGGUUGAAGAGCGGCUCGAGGUCUACGCAGAGCAUUCCCAUCAAUAGGAGCCUUGUUGCACGUCUUGCUCACAGAAAAAAGUACCAUACAAGCGCUCCAAAACCAAGCUGCUUUUCUAGACUUUUUUUCUGUGGAAUCAGAAGCCUGCAGAAUAUUGUUUCUCCUUCUGUGGAGGAAGAGGGCUGAAGAGCUGGAGCUGCUCCUUCUGUGGAGGAAG